UUUGCGUCAGAUUCUAAUAGCAACCCCACGACUGAUGGUACAUAUAAUGACCACAUCUUUCACGAAAUAUGAGUCCUAGUCUGUCUCAGCUGCGGUCUCAACAUGGCGAAACUAACAAUUUUUAGCUGCUUUCUCCUCCUGGCCUGCACAAGCCAGGCAUUGCCUCCACCUAAAUUACAAUUAUCCCUUGCUAAGGGAGAAAGUAAUACAGACAUUGCAUCAAAGGAUACAUUAAGUCAGCUCGAGAAAGUUGCAGAAGGAGCUGUCGGGACCCCAGAUUCUCUUGAAGAAGGUGACGCAACUGCUGUCAAGAAUGAAAAGCAGAAAGUGCAGCCAACCGUAAAUGCAACAGUCAGUGAUGUUGGAACCACAAUUGACGAAUUAAUACAAUUUAUAGAAACACUAGGCAACAUUUACGGGACCGAGAACGCAAAUGCUGCAGAGUCAUCCGUCACCAAAGACAAUGAAGCCUCCGAGCUUUCUGAGGACGAGGUCAUAGAUGUCGCAGACUCAUCGAUUUCCGAAGAAGAUAAAGCCCCUGAGGUUUCUGAGGACGAGGUCGUAGAUGCUGCCGAGUCAUCCGUCACUAAAGACAAUGAAGACUCCGAAGUUUCCAAGGACGAGAUCAUAGGUGCUGCAGAAUCAUCAGUUACCGAAGAAGAUAAAGCCCCUGAGGUUUCUGAGGACGAGGUCGUAGAUGCUGCCGAGUCAUCCGUCACUAAAGACAAUGAAGACUCCGAAGUUUCCAAGGACGAGAUCAUAGGUGCUGCAGAAUCAUCAGUUACCGAAGAAGAUAAAGCCCCUGAGGUUUCUGAGGACGAGGUCGUAGAUGCUGCCGAGUCAUUCGUUUCUGAAGAUAAUGCAGCCUCUGAGGUUUCGGAAGACGAUGAAGCAUCUGAGGUUUCUGAAAAUAAAGAAACCCCCGAGUUUUCCGAGGACGAGAUCAAAGAUGCUGCAGAAUCAUCCGCUUUUGAAGAUACUGAAGCUUCCGAGGUUUCCAAAGAUAAUGAAACCUUUAAAGUUACCGAGGACGAGGUUGUAGAUGCUGCCGAGUCAUCCGUCACUAAAGACAAUGAAGACUCCGAAGUUUCCAAGGACGAGAUCAUAGGUGCUGCAGAAUCAUCGGUUUCCGAAGAUGAUAAAGCCUCUGAGGUUUCGGAAGACGAUGAAGCAUCUGAGUUUUCUGAAAAUGAAGAAACUCCCGAGGUUCCUGAAGACGAGGUCCUAGAUACUGCAGAAUCUUCGAAUAUAAUGAAGCCUUCAAUCGUUCCGUGGCCGUAUACGCUGGUGUAUUAUCCGGUUCCAGCGGUUCCAUGGCCGUAUAUGUUGCAGCAAUAUCCACCUCCAAGUGAAAUGAAGGCUCCAUCGUACCCAUGGCCGUACGUGCAACCGCUUUACCCACCUCAGGGAAAAAUGGAUCCUCCAAGUUUGCUCAAGACGGAGUCGCCUUGA